CACGCCGGGGCCAGACAGACAGACACACAGCAGGGCAUAGCAGGGCCAGACGGAUGCACGGGAGGGCCAGACAGAGAGACACAUGCCAGGGUCAGACAAACACGCCAGGGCAAGAAAGACACACGCCAGGGUCAGACAGACACAUGCCAGGGCGAGACAGACACACGGCAGGGUCAGGGGGACACACAGCAGGGCAUGGCAGGGUCAGACGGACACAGGGCAGGGCCAGACAGAGAGACACACGCCAGGGUCAGACAAAAACACGCCAGGGCAAGAAAGACACAUGCCAGGGUCAGACAGAUACACAGCAGAGCCAGACAGAGAGACACAUGGCAGGGCCAGACAGACACAUGCCAGGGUCAGAUGGACACACGGCAGGACCAGACAGACAGACACACGCCAGGGCCAGACAGACAUGCGCCAGGGUCAGAGGGACACACGGCCGGGCCAGACAGACACACGGGAGGGCCAGACAGGCACACGGCAGGGUCAGACGGACACACGCCAGCGCCAGACACACACGCCAGGGCCAGACAGACACACAUGCCAGGGCCAGACGGACACACACGGACACACACACCAGGGCCAGACAGACACACGCCAGGGCCAGACAGACAUGCGCCAGGGUCAGAGGGACACACGGCCGGGCCAGACAGACACACGGGAGGGCCAGACAGGCACACGGCAGGGUCAGACGGACACACGCCAGCGCCAGACACACACGCCAGGGCCAGACAGACACACACGUCAGGACCAGACAGACACAUACGGACAAACGGCUGGGCCAGACGGACACACACACCAGGGCCAGACAGACACACGCCAGGGCCAGACAGACAUGCGCCAGGGUCAGAGGGACACACGGCCGGGCCAGACAGACACACGGGAGGGCCAGACAGGCACACGGCAGGGUCAGACGGACACACGCCAGCGCCAGACACACACGCCAGGGCCAGACAGACACACACUGACAUUGGUGCUGUUGGUGGAACAGUCAUGCAUCAGCAACUGUAAGUUCAACGCAUGA